CCCCAGGAAACUCUCUACCAUGAAGAUUCAUCUCUUUUUCUUUAUUCUACUCUUUUGGGUCACAAUUUUACCAGCCAGAAAAAGAUAUCCUCAUUAUGGUAGCUUGGAUUUGAGGAGACAGUGCAGAAGGGGUAAUGGUCGAUGUAAACUUGAAUGCCAAGAGAAUGAAGUUAGGAUUGCUUAUUGCAUAAGACCUGGAACUCAGUGCUGCUUGCAGAAGUAAAGAUGACGGAAGAAAAGAAAGAGACACAUUCUCCGAGAAGAAAGGACCAGGGUUACUAAGUGUUCCUUCACAUCCUUUCAGCACACCCUUCCAGGCCUGUGUAUUGCUGUUGUACAUAAAGAAUUAAAUAAAAUUUAACAGUGGACUAUACAGAAGAGGUUCUAUGUCA